CGAGACGCUGCCGCUGCCGCUGCCCCCGCAGCUUCUACUACCGCGACUGCUGCAGGUGAGGUGAGGUGUGAUGUUGGGCAGGUGCCGCCGGCGACCGGGAAGGAGUUGGGGAGCAGGACCGCCGAAGGGCGACGGGACGACGGGUCAGCUGCUGUUUUGUCUUCUCAGCUCCGGUCUCGUCUGCGCUGCCGCAGGGAGGCCGCCCCGGCGAGCCGAACCAAUGCUGGAUCUGGAGGUGGUGCCCGAGCGUUCGCUGGGGAACGAGCAAUGGGAAUUCACACUGGGAAUGCCUCUGGCUCAGGCAGUAACCAUUCUUCAGAAGCACUGUCGCAUCAUCAAAAAUGUCCAGGUUCUCUACAGUGAACAGUCUCCUCUAAGCCAUGACCUCAUCCUUAACCUGACUCAGGACGGGAUCAAACUACUGUUUGAUGCUUUCAAUCAAAGACUUAAGGUGAUUGAAGUAUAUGACUUGACUAAAGUAAAGUUAAAAUAUUGUGGAGUACAUUUUAACUCUCAGGCCAUAGCUCCCACCAUUGAGCAGAUUGACCAGUCUUUCGGGGCAACCCAUCCUGGAGUGUACAACUCUGCUGAGCAGCUCUUCCACCUCAACUUCAGAGGACUGUCUUUCUCUUUUCAGUUAGAUUCGUGGACUGAGGCUCCCAAGUACGAGCCCAAUUUUGCCCAUGGUCUAGCUUCUCUCCAGAUACCCCAUGGAGCAACUGUGAAACGGAUGUACAUCUACAGUGGAAACAGUCUACAGGAUACCAAGGCUCCGGUGAUGCCCCUGACCUGUUUCCUGGGCAAUGUGUAUGCUGAGAGUAUAGAUGUUCGAGAUGGAACUGGACCUUCAGGUUUACGGCUUCGCCUACUUGCUGCAGGGUGUGGACCUGGCCUGUUAGCAGAUGCCAAGAUGCGGGUAUUUGCACGUUCAGUGUAUCUUGGUGAUUCUUUCCAAGAUGUUCUUAGCAUGCUUGGUUCUCCACACAAGGUCUUUUAUAAGUCAGAAGACAAGAUGAAAAUUCAUUCUCCUUCCCCUCAUAAACAAGUUCCGUCCAAGUGCAAUGACUACUUUUUUAACUACUUUACUCUCGGAGUGGAUAUCCUCUUUGAUGCGAAUACUCACAAAGUGAAGAAGUUUGUCCUUCACACCAAUUACCCUGGGCAUUAUAAUUUUAACAUUUAUCACCGUUGUGAGUUUAAGAUCCCAAUAGCCAUAAAGAAAGAAAAUGCAGAUGGUCAGACAGAAACAUGUACAACCUAUAGUAAGUGGGACAACAUCCAGGAGCUCCUGGGUCACCCUGUGGAGAAACCUGUUGUCCUGCACAGGUCUUCCUCCCCAAACAACACCAACCCAUUUGGUUCCACAUUCUGCUUUGGUCUUCAGCGGAUGAUCUUUGAGGUUAUGCAGAAUAACCACAUUGCCUCGGUGACUCUGUAUGGCCCCCCCAGGCCUGGUGCCCAUCUGAAAACAGCAGAGCUCCCCUAGGGACAUCACCACCCAUGCCCCUGUCCCCCCUGGAACUGCAUCUCAUCGUCCUCAGCGGGCCUUCAUGUGCCACCUGUGGGUUUUCUUGGACACCUUGCCAGUGUUGAAGGGCUGUUGUGAUGUUCUGAGAUGGGGCUCAGGCUGGGCGCUCUACCAUGGGGUGAGAGACCCAGAUAUUCUUCUGUCCGUCCUCAGCCUGCUGGUGCCAACAGGAGACACAGACUGCAAAGAGAAGCACAAACUCUGAGCCUUGAUACCUGGACCCAGGAGC